AUGCUCUAUACUCUACCUUGGCCUAGAUUUUCAAACCGGUGCUUGCGCAAAGUGAGAAAUUGCAGAUUCCAACACACCGUUUUGCCUGCGCAUCCUGAUGAAUAUUCUGCUUUCAAUGAGCAGAAAGCAGCUCAGGACGAGUCUUAUGGAUCCGAAACCAAAAGUUUGCACAGCUUUCCACAAAUCAAGGAGAAGACGACACCCAGAACAGACCCUUUACAGACAGUGACGGCAUCAGGGUCUCCUUUGCAGCAUGAUUUUUCCAGAACAACAAGAGCUUCAGCGCUGGAGGGUCCUGCGGUGGAUCAAUUCGUUGAAAGGAAAGACCUCAACGAAGACUCUGGUUCUGCCCUCAAGCGGGAUGGACAACGCCAGCUUACCGUCGAAGAAGGCCUACAUGCGAUCAGAAAUGUGCUUGCUAAGAAAGAUGAUUACAAUCUACUUGAGAACAUCUACGAAAUCCUGCAGCAUGCCAACAUUGCUGACUCAAUUCCUACGUCAACCUAUCUUGAAAUUCUACGACGAUCAGAAACCUGGGAAGAAUUUAUUCCCUUCCGAAGUAUUUUUGCAGAACGAUAUGUGAAACAUUAUGGGCUUUUGGGUGGUCGAGUUCAUCGAAAAAGUCGAGAGAUCGAGCGAAGGAAGAUGGUAUUUGCUAGGCUUUGGAAGAGCCGAGUUGAAAGUGGACGUACCCUGUCAACGAGAGAGUACGCUCAAAUACUGAAAUUUGCACGAGGUGCAUAUGAUGGCGUUGGCGCCUCGAUAGCAAUACGCGACAUGCUAUCUCGAAAUGUGAAGCCUGAUCUAGCAUGCUACAAUUAUUACUUUGAGGCCAAGUCGUGGUCCGAUGCAUGGUACCCCGAUGAACGCCAACGUUUGCGCGUUAUACCGUUCCACCAAAAGAACAGGACCAAAGGCGAGUUGCGCCGCAUUCAUGGCGGCAUCGAAAUCAACCCCCAUUGUGUUGGGCCUGGUGGGUUGAAAGAAGAGGUGACCCAAAUGUUUACGCACAUGGUAGACGCGGGUGUGAUGCCCGAUAGUACAUCAUAUGGGCAUUUGAUUACAGCUCUAGCACGAGAAGGGAACCUACAAGGCGUCAAAGCAACUCUUCAUAGUAUCUGGGACGUGGACGUCGACGCCACCAGCUCUGAAGUCUAUGUCGAACCCAGCAGCAUGCCACAAAGUUCGCCUUUCUACCCCAACCAAAGCUUGCUCUUCAUCAUCGCCCACGCUUUUGGCAGCAACAACGACCUACCGAAAGCCCUACGCGCCGUGGGUCAGUUUUCUGAAAAAUAUGCAUUGCUUAUUGAUACAGCCAUUUGGGCGGAACUUCUUGAAUGCGCUUACAUGCUUUCGACUAAACGAUAUAAAAACCGGAAAUUUGAUGGUGCGCAGAGUGGACAACUUGCCCCUCCAGCAGUUGAGGAUAUGUUCAAAGUGCUAACCGGUGAGCCCUACAAUUGCGAGCCGACAUUACAUAUGCUUGACCGGCUUAUUCGAAGUCUCGCGAGGAAUUGUUGCUUGUCUCCAAUGCUCAAAUACAUUACCUUAGGCCUAGAACUCUACCAUCGAGAACACCAGCGAUUUGUAGACUUCAACAGAAAGAUGCCAGAGCGACCAAGCGAGCAACAACGGCAAGAGGCGCUCCGACUAAGGGAUGAUGUUUUCGCUUCUUUCGCGUCUGUCCACAAUUGGUUUCUUUUGCUUCUGAGUGGACAGCGUUGGUAUCGUGCUGAUCGUACCAGCCAGAUUCAAAUGUGGCAAAGACAGCUGCUUCCUGAUGUUGUUGAUCUAUUCUGGCGUUAUCGACCACUCGAAGGCAUUAAGUACGCCAUAAAAACUGGCUUUGUCGAGCUACGGGAUACAGAAUCAUCCUCGAUAUCGGGAUUGUACAUAGAACAAGGACGGCAAAAGGCUGAAGAGAUUGCAAGGAGCAGGCUUGUCAUACACAAAGAUGAAACACCCAAUUGGCUAUCUUCCGAUUGA